AUGACACAACCUGCUCAAAAUGCAUUGAGAAGAAUUAUUGAAAAGUAUACACAAAAUGUACGCUUCUGUAUCAUUUGUAACUAUCCACUCAAGAUCAUUCCUGCAGUUCAAUCUCGUUGUACAAAAUUUCGAUUUUCUCCUUUAGGCAAAGAUCAAAUUAUUUCUUGUUUGAAUGACAUAGUUGAGGCAGAACGCAUAAAUAUUUCCCAAGAUGGGAUAGAAGCAUUAAUUAAAAUUUCAUGUGGUGAUAUGCGAAGAGUAUUAAAUAUUUUACAGGCAUGUCAUGCAACAAAUGAAUUCAUAGAUGAAGAUGCUAUAUGUAAUUGUACAGGAAGACCUAAUACUAAAGAUAUAGAAUUAAUAGUAAAGACAAUGACUUGUGAUGAUUAUUCAACAGCACAUUCCAAUAUCCAGAAGCUCAAGACAGAAAAAGGUCUUGCUUUACAAGAUAUAUUGACAGAUUUUUGUUAUAACUUAAGAAAAUCAUUUAUCACUGAUGAAGAAUUGUUUGAAAAUAUUGGAGAAAUUGAAUAUCGACUUGCAACUGGAGCUACUGAAAAACAUCAAUUAACAGCAUUCAUAGGAUCAUUCAAAAAAUCACUCAAGAAAGGCCCAAAAAACAAUAUCAUUGAUAAUGAUAGUGAAGAAAAUCAGAUUGAAAAGAUGAAGAUGAAACAUGAAACAUGUUCUAAAAUCACUCUUUGGUGA